AUGAGGGAGCUGCUCACCACCCAGAGUCAGGCCUGCUGGAAGGAGCGCAUCCAGAGGGAGGCUGCCGCCCGGGUCGCCUGGAAGCUCAACUAUGGCCACAAGUACCUGAAGGAGGGCCGUGUGCUCAGGAAGCAGCCCCUGCCCAGCUCAGCCUUGAGGUCUGGUCUGGUGCCUGCUACCUGUUCCCCUGACAGCAAGGAGGUGUGCACUGGAUGGCCAGAGACAAAGGGGGUCCAGAAUCAGCUGUCCAGGGCAGUGGGUGGCCAGAGCCCCCUACCCAAGGGAGACAGAGCCAGGGAGGUCCAAAGAGCAGCCCAGGGCCCAGCAGGCCAGACAAGGGCAGGCGGCUUGGAAAUGCAGCCGGCCCCCCCGAGCACGCUGCAGCUGCUCUUCCAGGGCAUCUCCCAUGACAGCCAAGGCCGGGCCAGGUACCUUCGGGAGCGGUAUCGGCAGAAGCCUCAGGAGAAGUUCCGGUACCCUAUACUGUCAUCCUGGGAUUACGGCUGGCACAUGGAGGAUGCCAUGAAGGACACCAAGGCUCCAAUUUACGCCAAGUCCCAGCCUAUCACAAAGAUCUUUUACCUCAAAGGUGGCAUCUUCCAUUUCCCUCGGCGAACAGACCAGCUCAUGUGA